AUGGCAUGGAAAUGGAAGUACUCCCCCAAGGAACAGCUGGAGGAUAUGAGCAGCCUGCACCCGGGGCUCACAGGGCUGCAGAACCUGGAGAACACGUGCUACAUGAACGCGGUGCUGCAGUGCCUCUGCAGCCUCACCCCGCUCGUGCAGUAUUUCCUCUCAGGGAAGUGGAACACAGCCCUGCACCAGGAGAUCGGAGAGUCUGCGACUGCCUUUGGCUGUUUGGUGUCUGACAUGUGGCUUGGAGAGUUUGACUUUGUUUCCCCUGAGGCUUUUCACUCCGUCUUUGGGAAGCGGCACCCAGCUUUUAGCAGCAAGACUCAGCAUGAUGCACAGGAGUUCCUCAUCUGUGUGCUGGAUGACCUCCAUGAGGCUUUCAAGCAGGUGAGAGCCCAGCUGUGCCAAGAAAGACGGAGCGCUGCUGCAGGAGCAAGCACAAGGAGUAGCAGUGGCACAUCUAUUAUAACACACUUAUUUGAGGGACAGCUCAGUUAUGCCAUCAGGUGUCUGACAUGCAAAGCCCUCAGUGACAAACCCGAGAGCUUCACCGUCCUCUCCCUGCCCAUCCCCUCCACCAGAGUGUGCUCUCUGCAGGACUGCCUGGAAUGCUUUUUUCAGCCAGACACACUGACUCGGAACAACCAAAUCUACUGCCACUGGUGUGGAAGCAACCAAGAUGCAACAGUAACAGCCUCCAUAACCAAGGCACCACAGAUCAUAAUUUUUCAUCUAAAGAGGUUUGCCUGGCAGGACAAGAACAGAAGGAAACUCUCAACCACUGUCUGCUAUCCAUUCAGCGAUCUGGAUCUCUCUCCCUACAUCUCCACAUCGUGUAACAACAAUACAGAGUACAGCCUGUGUGCUGUAGUGAACCAUGCUGGAGAUCUGGAUUAUGGCCACUACACGGCCUUCUGCAAGCACUCAAUCACCCAGCACUGGUACAGCUUUGAUGAUGCACAGGUCACCAAGAUCCCAGACUCUGCAGUGCAGGCUGACACAGCUUACCUCCUCUUCUACAUCUCCCAAGGCUACUGACACCCUGUUAGUCUUGAAAAGGAACACUAGGUAGGGCAGCACCUAGAAUUCACCAGCAGCAUUAGCCAACUCCUGUUUCAUCAAUAAACUAGAGCAUGUGCACCCUGAUCAGCUGUUGUGGUCUUUCAGGAAGUGACUCCUAGAAAGGACAGUUACAGCCCUAAGCCAUGAAGGAAUGUGCAUCUGCUCCAUGUGCACAAGGGCCAGGGUUGUUUUCCAUGACACCCUUCUUGCACCCCUCAAAACAACAUGGAUGUUGAGCACACGGAUGCACUUACUUGGAAAUUCUUGUUUUUCUGCUGGCUAAGUACAGUAGGUUGUUCUAAGCUGCCUUUCAGGAACUAACAGAAGGAUACCAAAGUGAAAGCACACAACCAGACCAGACUGUGCUACAGAAGAGCGGAUGGAGUCACCAUUAAUACAGAAGAAAGAAAAAGGCAUUGCUCUACUGAUGUCAUUUUUGUUUCUCCAGCACUUUAAACUUGUUUGCAGCUUGCAAGCUUCUGGAAAACAAUCAAUAUUGGUCUUAAUUCCACCAGCAAGACAGACACAGACAGACAGGUAAAAGCUCAGAAUGUAAGACUUUUGAAUGCCAACCUUAUCAGAAAAGGAAAACUAACCCUAAUCCAUAGUAGAGAAAUAUGUAAGAUGCAACUAAAAGAAGUUUUUAAACUAAUCAGCUCUAUGCAAAACAGCAUUUUUAUCUGGAGAACCUUUAAA